AUAUUAUUAAUUUUCAGUGGAAUUUUAUCUUUUUUAUGAAAUCGUAAACAUAUUUUAAUAAUACUUAUUAGUCUUGAAAUUCUUAUAAUAGGUUUAUUCUCUAUAUUUUAUAUUUUUUUACUAAAUGAAAUAUUUGAAAUAAUUUUAAUUUUUAUAGUUCUUAUAGUUUGUGAAGCCUGUCUUGGACUUAGUAUAUUAAUUUUAACUAUUUUUUUUUAUAAUAAUGAUUUUCCUAAUAAUAUAAAAAUAUUAAAUUUUUAA